AUGUGUUCUAAACAACCGGGAUACCUGACUCCCUCUUCUCUUAGCGAAAUAGGGGAGCUGUUCGAGAUGAACCCAACUGGUAGCACAGACCAUGUCCUCAAGCACAUGGCCUCGAAGGACGAGUGGGAGACGAAGUAUCCUAAUCUAAAAGGCGGACAGUUCCGCUUCGUAUGGGACUACAACAAGCUCAAGCCGCCGCUCACGAAGCGGCACCUUAUUACGCACUCUCCCAAGGCUGCAUUCUCUGGGCCCCACACAGCAAUCAAGAUUCCUCAUGGCCCUGACAAGGGAUGCUGGCUGCACGUUCCGGUGCGGCUCACGGACGAUGAAGCCGCAUUCGCUUCGACCGCCAUCUCUUGGGUAUGGACUGACUUCGCACACUCGGACGGUGGAAAGCCCGGCUUUCUGGCUAUAAUGAGUGGACGAUCCCGCGCACCAAAGCCCUUCUAUGCGAUUUCGACAGAUAGCUGGAAGCUCCUCGGACCGCCUGGUGCGGAAUAUCCCCUUACCGAUUCCGUCGAUGCUCCCUUUGCGGGUCCACGAACUGUGCUGUACAAUGCCGGCCUGUUUUUCAAAGGCUUGUACAUGCACGUCCCGCGGUUCCUGACAUCUUCUGAAGUCAAGGUGGCAGAGACGAACCUUCGCUAUCUGUGUAACCGUCGAUGGGAGUGGGGAAAGGAAAAUGAGGUGCGGCAGAAACUGCACAAGAACCGACAAAAGACUGAGGAGGCAAUCGUCUUUCUUCAGCAGCAGAAAAAGGCUGUCAAGUUUCUCGAGAAGGACAUUUUCCUCGAUUUCUCGGCUCAAGAUCGAGAGACAGACACGACAUCCGGCUUGGCGCUUCUUUGGUGCAUGGAGCCGGAUCUGUUGACCGAGUAUGAGGACCUUGCUUCAGUGGCCUCAUCCCAUCCAAGUGAGGACGACCUUGACCUCCGACACGUCGAAGUCGAUUCUGAGGAGGAAGCUGACGCACGCGCUACUUAUAAGCGCCGCAGCGAGUUCUUGAAAGACAUGGAGCGGAAGGGUAAGACGAAACCACUCUACGACCCUGUAACUGGGAAGCCCAAUGACUGGAUCUACCGAGAUCCACAGGGGAGUAGGUAUUCUGGCUCGACGGUAUCCUCAAAUGUAACAGAGAUCAUCGAUGGCGGAUCCUGGCCGUCUCCUCCGGCAUUUCUUCUUGGAAACCAAAAUCAUAUGACCGCUGAUGUACGUAAAGAGGAAGAGGGCAGCAAAGAAUAUCCUGCGGAAGACCAGCAGCGGCCUGAAGAAGACGGAAGUGAGCACACGAAUUCUGAUCUCGACUUUCCUACUCCAGAUGCUUUAGGGGAGAUUUUAAGGCCUCCUGGAUCUGAGCCUGAGGGCAGCUUUCAAGUAGUGAACAUUGAUCCCGGUCCCGGUCCUGGGGUGUCACAACCCAAGCGGCCUCCGUCAACAACUACGAAGCUGGACGAGGUCUCCGAAGAGGUGAGGCCCACUUUCAAUUACUCGGGUGCUGAACUCCAAGAGCUUCUCGAAGCCGCUAAGCUAGAGAUAAGCGAGGAGGAUGAAGCAUCGAGCGAGCGGUCUGAAGAAUCGGUUGAGACUCGAUCUGUAGAAGCAGCCACUCGGCCCUCAAACAAUAUCCAGGAUAAGCGGAUGUGUGACGUGGGGGAGGCUCCCAAUCACGCGCGAGAGCCCUCCAAUCAGAUUGUUGAAAAGUCGUCGGACCCUUUAGAAGCGCGUCAUGCACUUGAGGAGAACGAUGCAUCCAUAAACGAACGCUGGGAAGAUUUGGGCAAGGAAUACGAAGAAGAUUCAACUAUGAAUACACCUAAAGAACCUCAAGAAGCCUCAACUGAAGAAACGGAUGAGGACUCGCCGCUCGAAGCUGAGGAUGAUAUCUGCGACGACCCGCAUUUCGAAGCACACCGCGCCCGAGAACUCAAAAGACUGUCAGGUGUGAUAGGCGUCGAGGCGACAGAAGAAUGCAAGCCGAUUACAACCGUCGAACAAGCAGUCGAGGGUCAGCAGUCCUUAGAAGCUGAGCUGGAAGAAGCUGAGAUGCUUGAAGCCCAGCCAAAGGAAUACGAAGAGGAUACAUCUGGGGGUAGCAAAGGCGCUGACGCGCAUGAGCCCCAUAUUAGCAAAAAGAAUGACGGGGAUGCUCCAAUGGAUGCGGAAGCGGUGGAGCUUGGCGAUGAAGACAAAGACCGGCAGUCUUCGCCCGCUGUCAUUGAAGAUAACGAGAACCCGGAAUCUCACGCCCGCGAAGAGGGCAAUGAGGAAAAUGCUCUGGUGGAUGUAGAAGUUGUCGAGCGUAGCAAUGAAGACAAUCAGCCCUCACAAGCCAGUGUUGAAUACGGGGAGACCUCGGAACCCUAUGUCUAUAGGGAGCACGAGGAGGGCGAGGACGAGGCUUCGCCGCCUUCUCUCCAAGGCACGAAACGUAAAGGCGAUAAUAGCCUACCACUUCCAUCGCCACGGCGGAUCAAAGGGCACACUCAGCACGUCGCGGACUCACCGACUAGUCCUGAAGAUAACAAGACCCCAGAACCUCACGUUGGGGAAGACCAAGAUUCCUCGGCAGUUGAUGAAGCCAUGACGGCAGCAGAGCAAGCGAAAACACGACGCCGCAAUCGUCUGCUUGCGGCCAUGACCACGGCGACCGCAGCGCUGGGGUGGUACGCGUGGCGCCUUUACUGGGAGAAUGACACAACUACCGACAAUGUGGUCAUCUAUCCUGAUGAAUGGGGUCCAGACGUCGUCCUCUCCAGAGGAGAAGAGCGCCAGCUCGUAGCGGAAGUCUUGUCACAAGACUAUGCCCUCCUGGCGUGGGUUAUCGACGACGACCUGCGGACUGCCACCGCCCUUAUAGCGGGCCAUACCUUCGUGACCUUGUUACGUGGAGGAGGCUUCUGGCCGUGGUCGCGCCUGCUGAAGCCGAUUCUCAGGACUCUCUUCCGGCUCGUCGUUGGGAUCCGCGCGAUCCUGUGGACUUGCGGUCGUCAGGGUGCGAUGGCGGCAUCUCUCCGUGUGCUGGGCACCAUUCUCGCAAAUGCCUUGCUGGCAAUUCCUUGCUACUUGGGCGCCCAAAUCGUCUCCACGUGGUGCCGUAGCCAGGAGCACCUCGGCUCUCUUAUCGGCGCAUUUGGCUUAGACUAUGAGCCGUAUCUGCAGACCUGGAUCGGACUGAGCAUCGUGCUCUUCGUAGUAGUGAUGUGGACUGCGGCGACGAUAAGCGGUCCUCAGAACGCUGGCGAAAAUGGGGGUUGGACGCGACGCAUCGAAUCGUGCGUUACACUCGUUUUUCUCGGAGCGGGCGUGGUCUUGGGGUAUAGGCACUCCGACGCAUAG